AUGGAGGAGGACUUAUUCCAGCUCAGGCAGCUGCCGGUGGUGAAAUUCCGUCGCACGGGCGAGAGUGCAAGGUCAGAGGACGACACGGCUUCGGGAGAGCAUGAGGUCCAGAUCGAAGGGGUCCGCACGGGCCUACAGGCGGUCGAACUAGACGAUGGGGCAGCUGUGCCCAAGGAGUUUGCCAAUCCCACCGACGAUACUUUCAUGGUGGCAGAUGCGGUGGAAGCCAUUGGAUUUGGGAAGUUCCAAUGGAAGCUGUCUGUCCUCACCGGCCUGGCCUGGAUGGCCGACGCCAUGGAAAUGAUGAUCCUGAGCAUCCUCGCGCCCCAGCUGCACUGCGAGUGGCGGCUCCCCAGCUGGCAGGUGGCCUUGCUGACCUCGGUGGUCUUUAUCGGCAUGAUGUCCAGCUCCACCCUCUGGGGGAACAUCUCGGACCAGUACGGCAGGAAAACAGGGCUGAAGAUCAGCGUGCUCUGGACCCUGUACUACGGGAUCCUCAGUGCUUUCGCGCCCGUGUACAGCUGGAUCCUGGUGCUCCGGGGCCUGGUGGGCUUCGGGAUCGGAGGGGUCCCCCAGUCGGUGACUCUGUAUGCCGAGUUCCUGCCCAUGAAAGCCAGAGCCAAGUGCAUUUUGCUGAUAGAGGUGUUCUGGGCCAUCGGGACCGUGUUCGAGGUGGCCCUGGCCGUGUUUGUGAUGCCCAGCCUGGGCUGGCGUUGGCUGCUCUUCCUCUCGGCUGUCCCGCUCCUCAUCUUCGCUGUGCUGUGUUUUUGGCUGCCGGAGAGCGCGAGGUAUGACGUGUUGUCGGGGAACCAGGAGAAGGCCAUGGCCACGCUGAAGAGGAUAGCGACGGAGAACGGGGCCCCCAUGCCGCUGGGAAAGCUCAUCAUUUCCAGGCAGGAAGACCGAGGCAAAUUGCGGGACCUUUUCACGCCCCAUUUUAGAUGGACAACCUUGUUGCUGUGGUUCAUAUGGUUUUCCAACGCGUUUUCUUACUACGGAUUAGUCCUGCUCACCACCGAGCUCUUCCAGGCAGGGGACGUCUGCAGCAUUUCCAGCAGUAAGAAGGCAGUGGAGGCCAAGUGCAGCCUGGCCUGCGAGUACCUGAGUGAGGAGGACUACAUGGACCUGCUGUGGACCACCCUCUCGGAGUUCCCAGGUGUCCUGGUGACUCUGUGGAUCAUCGACCGCCUGGGCCGCAAGAAGACCAUGGCGCUGUGCUUCGUCGUCUUCUCCCUGUGCAGCCUCCUGCUGUUCAUCUGUGUCGGCAGAACUAUGCUCACGCUGUUACUCUUCGUCGCAAGAGCGUUUAUUUCUGGAGGCUUCCAAGCGGCCUAUGUUUACACACCUGAGGUGUACCCCACGGCGACGCGAGCGCUGGGCCUGGGCACCUGCAGUGGCAUGGCGAGAGUGGGUGCUCUCAUCACUCCGUUCAUUGCUCAGGUGAUGUUGGAAUCCUCUGUGUACCUGUCGCUGGCGGUUUACAGCGGCUGCUGCCUCCUGGCUGCCCUGGCCUCCUGCUUUCUGCCCAUCGAGACCAAAGGCCGCGGACUGCAGGAGUCCAGCCACCGGGAGUGGGGCCAGGAGAUGGUGGGCCGCGGGGCGCACGGCGCAGGUGUCACCAGGUCGAACUCGGGCUCCCAGGAGUAG